GAUUCCCUCUGGGCGUCUACACCCGAUGUCACAAUGCCGUUGAGCCAAAUAUCAUCAAAAAGGUGUUAAAACCCCUCAUGUCAGGACAUUCGCUGCCGAAACACACAAGCAACUUGAACUCCAGCACAUCAAAGUCCCACAAUGCCACCAACAUCAAUAUCCCUCCCCUCGCACGUCGCGCGGCCGUCUUCCACCAAGACAUCCUCGGUCACCGUUACAAGCAUUCCCUCACCCGCCACGGAACCCAACCUCUGCUCCUUUUGCUCCCAGAUUGACUUCUCGUUGCUCCGUUACCCCACAACUACCGAUCUCCGCUCUCUGAACGACGGCAACCCAGCACCCCAAGAACUCAGCCCCUUCAAGCGCAACCCAUAUGCCAGAGUCUACCCAACAUGGACUUUGGGCCUUCUUUCCCGCAUUCACAAAUCUUCUGCCUCGUGCAACCUCUGUCACGCCAUAUGUACCGUCCUAGACCAGCAGCCGCAAGUCCGCGCCACCCUCACCGAUAUGGGCGUACAGGAUCCAUUGGUCUUGGGUACAUUAGCCUUUUGUGGGAGAUUGUCGGCGCCAGACGGGACCUCGUGGUUCGAGCAUGAUGACAAGCAUGGCGGACUGAAGGAAAGGGAUUGCUUCUUCCUCCGACGGUUGGGACUGCUAUUUCGGCCGGCCGACAAAGACGAAGAUGUGAAUGAGCCGGGUAUGGCCAAAAAGAUUGAAAGCUGGUAUUCCACAAUGGAUAUCUUUCAGACCAUGAACACUGCUAUUCCAAGGGGUUUUGCUGAAGACAAAAAAGGGGUGCUGAUGGGAGAUGAGGAAACCCCGGAGACGGUGUGGUUCGCAGGACGAAAGAGACCGGAGAUGAUUGACAUUGGCUUGAUCAAACAAUGGCUCAAUGAGUGUUUGCAGAACCACAAGAACGUCUGUGGGAUUAGUGAAGAGGUAGAUGAGGAUGAUGAUCCGGAGUUGGUAGAACAGAUGAGGCGUUUGGGCAAACCAAUUCCUCUCUUCCGUCUCAUUGACGUGCACAAAAAGUGUAUCGUCACCAAGUACAACCUCUACGACGUCGACAUGUCCGCCCUCAAGUUUGCUUCACUCAGUUAUGUCUGGGGUGUCACUCCUCAGAAACUCACCCUUCUUAUCGAGAACGAGUAUGAACUCCAGCGGCCCAAUUCUCUCGUUGGCAAAGUUUCCAAGACCAUCUCCGACGCCAUCCACCUGACUGAACAACUUGGCCUCCAAUAUCUCUGGGUCGAUGCCCUCUGUAUCAUCCAAAACUCCGAGGAUGAUAAGGUAACGCAACUUGGCAACAUCGCCAACGUUUACGCCCACUCCCUCUUCACUAUCAUGGCCGCUGCGGGUGACGACUCCAACUUUGGUCUUCCUGGUAUCCGCACCCCCCGGGAUACAGUCCAAGAGGUAGUCCCGGUCAUCGCCCCAUCAGAAAACAACCCCGGGUUGUCCCUCAUCACUGCCCUCUCUCCCACCCACCAGUCCCAUGAACACCCAACCCGCAAGACCAUCUGGGCCUCGCGCGGGUGGACACUCCAGGAACGAGCCCUCUCCCGACGGGCCAUUGUCAUUAUGAAGAGCCACGUCCUCUGGUCCUGUUCCCGGUCUCACUACUCGGAGGAGUCCUGCUGCGAGACCGCUACACUCGGCUCCUUAGCAUGGUUCGGCCUGCAAGAGUCUGACCCCAUUCUCAAUUCGUCCGAGCGAACGUGGUACACCGAAGACGUGCCCGAAGAACAAGUCUGGUACAAGUUCCAACGCUUGGUGCAAGACUACUCAAACCGCAAUCUAAAGUUCCAAGGCGAUGCUCUCGAUGCGUUCAGUGCAGUGGUGGAGCAAGUCCGCAGAAUGACUGGUGAGAACUUUCUCUGGGGCAUGCCAAGCGGGCGCUUCGAGCUUUGUCUGUGCUGGGAGCCUUAUCGACGAGGUCUCAAGAGGAGAGAGGAGCUGAGCACGUUGGAGAUGACCAGCUUCAAGCGGCAUGUUCCCUUCCCAACUUGGUCGUGGCUGGGAUGGUCCGGAGCUAUCUGUCUCAAAGUGCAGGACCGCGAGCUCGAGGUGGGACUCAACCCAAAGGUGGUUUGUUUUGUUCUGCGCAACCACCCACUGCGCGUGUUUCCGGUGCGAAGAAUCUCCGUCGAUAACGACCCAGAACGAGCCAACUCGUGGGCUAUACCCAACACCAACGACAGCAAGUACUCGGUCACCCUCGACGACAUCUUUGACAAUCUGCCCUCCAUGACCCCCGAAGUCCUGCUUGACAUACCGGACGACCAGCUCAUUUUCUUCUGGACCGAAUCAGCGCGCUUCAAACUCUCGGAGCUCAAAGUGCAGGGACCGUCGAUGUUGCAAGAGAACCCGUUGCAUGUGAAGGAGUACACCAAGUAUUAUCGAGAGAUUAUCGACGAUGACGGACAAGUGGUAGGGAGGACGCACCCUUGCGACCCAACGGCUCAGGACAUUGGAGUGGAUGAAAAGGGUGACGGUAAAUGCGAGUUCAUCCGCAUUGCCAACAAUUACCUGCCGUUCUGUGAUCCGGAGAAGUUGGCGAUGCAGGUACGAAGGGGUACAGGCAAGUAUAACAGGGAUGUUAGAUACCGCGUCAAUUUGGCAGAAAUCAAGAAGGAGGCGUGGAAGCAGGUUUAUGAGAAGAGGGUGUUGGUUGCACUGGGUUAAGAUGGGGGUCCGUUGGAGAGGGUGACAUUCGGGAUUCCGCAGGCAGUGUUCCUGCCUUUGUGUGCGAUGAUGUGUUGCAAUGAUUGCUCUUUUUGUCAGCCUUUUGCAUGUUCAAUCCUUUGUUCCAACGUCCGACGGCUUUGCUCGCUGCGAU